AUGCCCAAAGUAACGAAAAGUAAUAAUUCUGGUUCUAUUGAAAAUCCAAUGAGAAAGGUUUCAGACCCACCACCGGAGCUUACGUUGCCCUUCCCUCCAGAGAUUAAUCCAGAAGAAUUGAUGGCUAAUACACGAAAAUUGCCUUCGAAACCACCAAAUGCUUUUUUUAUAUACCGCAAGGUAUAUACAAAAGCAUUGGUGGCUAAAAAUAUGAGAUUCAAGAUGACUGACGUAAGUCCUUGGGUUUCUAGUUCAUGGAAAUUGGAACCUGAAGAAGUAAAAACUAAAUAUAAGGAAAUUGCACGAAAUGUCAGGCAAAUUUAUAAAAAAACAAAGGAAACUUCCUCUGUCCCGUCUUCGAAUUAUGAUUGCAAAGAAACACAAACACAAACACAAACAAACUCGUCGUCUUCCUCAGAACAAAUCGAAUCGCCUAUUGAAAAAUUAUUAACCCCGGAUCUGUCUCAAGAAGAUAGUUUAUUUGGACAAUGGACUAACACCGAUUUUCAUAGUCCACAAGAUGAUCUUGAUUUUGAAUUUCCAAACUUUUCUCCUUUACAGGAUUUCUAUGAAUAA